GUUUUGUUUUCUCCUACAGGAUGAAGUCAGCUGAAAUGCGCUAUCAGGUAAAAUGGGCCAAAUAAGGUUAUUGCAUCAUAUCUCUUUACAUUUUUACAGAAAAUCACAAUAAUUGAUCUUGCAUUGUUGCUUCAACACUUGUUGACAUGUAACAAUAUUUUUUACUGGUCUGAGUUUUUUAAGGCGGACAGGGCAGAGUGUUACAUGAAACUUGUAAGGUAAAAUGUAAGGUAAGUGAGCCUGACAUAGCAAAUUUCAUUAAUCACUAAUAAGGGUACUAAAACAAUUAUAAGUAAGCUUACCAACAAAGCAAAGGUUUAUGAACAAUGUUUUGACAUGCUCUUUCAAAUAAAAAAGUUUAAUUUAUAAAAUAAACUUUAACUUUUCAGCUAAAAUGGGCUGCAUACACACACACACUUUUAGACAGAAAUUAAGGGUGAAAAUUUAUAGGCCUAGAUAUGUAUCCAUACAAAAUCUUAACAGUCUUUAAAAAAAAAAUUGCAUUGCAGACAGUAUGGUAGGAGGACAAGCAAAGAAAGGAAACAGAGAGACUAGAAGAGAAAGGGGAAGUAAGGAAGAUGUCAGUAAAAUGGGCUGCACACACACACUUUUACACAGAAAUUGAGGGUGAAAAUAGGUUUAUAGGCCUAGAUAUGUAUCCAUACAAAAUCUUAACAGUCUUUAAAAAAAUACAAGCAUACACACAUACAUGCACACAAAAGACACCAAUGCACAGAAACCCACACCUACACAACAUGAUCAGUUUAUUUUUAAUUAUAAAUAACUAAAUGACAAUAACUUUAUACACGGUGCACAUUCAGAUUUAAAACUUUGCAGGUUAUUUUCAUUCACUAGAGCUGUACUACACACUGUAUGAAAGGUAAUUUUCAACUUUAACAGUUUUUCUUAUGGUCGCGGAGAUAAUUAGCGCCGCGGGCCAGAAACAAAGGGAAGAUCAAAACUUUCUACAGAACUUGUACUAUUAUGAGAAUCUUUGAAAAUUAAAUGAUGCUGACUUAGAAUCCCUUUAUUUAUAACAAAUUUAAAAAAGUGUCUUACACUUUGCCGAAUUUUACAGAGAUUGUUAAUGACUUUCCCCCAAGUUCCUCAUUCAUCAUUUGAGAAAUCUAGCACGUUCAUCACAGACAAUAUACAGCAUGGGAACCUACGUCACGCCGCGUCGGAUUCCGCCAUGUUUUAGGUCACGCUCAGGAGCACACAGCCUAAACAAAUGCAAAUCACCACAGAAAAAGCCGACCGUUUUACAUUAAUAUUUUUUGAAAAAAACAUCUUACUAGGAUGCCGAACAGCGAUGCGAGCGAUUAAGUGAAUGAACAAAACUUAAUCCGUACAAAAAGUGGCAGGGUAUUAACGAGCUGCCGCAAAUAACAUUUCCAUAUAUGAGUUCCUUCUAUUUGUGGUGUGAGGGCUUACAGUUUAAUGCAAAUCACUGUAUAUAGUAUAUUAAAUCUACAGAUGAAUUAUAAAGCCACAUUUUAUUUUAGAUGUUUACCAUACCGAGUUUCAGUUUCAUUUUCAUCCGAGUUCCGUAGUGAAUGUAGACAUCUUUAAUAUUUAUAUGAUUCAACUUAGAUCGCGUUGAAAUGAUCAAUUGCCAUAGCCUUUAUCACCAAUGUCUGCAGGUAAAACCUCUGCUUUUUCGGCAUUAUAAUGCGGAGAAAGCACGUUUUUCAUAACCGGCAGUGCAAAGGGAUAUGGCAAUUGAUGAUACAGUAAGCCUUAACCACUGCAACGCGAUCUUAAGAGGAAUAAUAUAAACAUUAAAUAAUAUAAAACGUCUACAUUCACUACCACUCAGCCUGCGUCCCAAUGUGCAUACUAUCCAUCCUAAAUUCUAUGUGACAUUAGUAAUUUUCAAUACUAUUUAGGGCAGAUAGGGUGGAUAUGCACAUUGGGACGCAGGGUCAGUCUCCGCUGUAGCUCCCGUGAGCUAAAUUCCCAGAAUGCAUUGCCGCUGUGACGAUAAUUCGAAAUAAAAUGCGAAAUUCUAUUGAAAUUGAUCGGCGCCACGAUCGUCUGAGCUCGCGCCUCACUCGAGCUGCGCUUAUUUCAAGUUUCGCAUUAUUUGAAUUUCAGCUUAUUAACAUUCCAUUACGUCACAGUGCUUCAGAUCAGUGGGAGCAAGUUCACAUUUACAUUUAUUUAUGCAUGUGGCUGACGCUUUAUUUCAAAGCAACUUGCAUUUAAUAAGCUAUAGUGUGAAGUCUAGCGUGUGACAGUAUUCUACAAUACACAAAGUCUUUUCACAGUCAACAGAGAUAGUGUUUUCAGAUUUGACUGCUCUACUGGACAUCAUGUCAAUAUCAUCAUCCGAGUUCAGUGUAUCUGAGAGUGAAGGUGUCCCUGAUGACCUUCAUGGGUCCAGAAGAGACACAUUCUCCACUGAGUUACAAUUCUGUUUCAAUAGGCUGGAUGUGUUCAAUUUAGGCACCAUCAAUGUCUAUGAUGAGAUAGAUGAUGGUAAUGAUUACAUAGACGAGUCCAGUCUUAGCAGUGCCACAUCUGAAGAUGAAAUUGAGGCGAGUGUGGUCAGCUUUGAAUCGCACUCCGACGAGGGAUCAUUUGUCUGUAGGCAGAAUACGCAAAUGUGUUGCGGCAGCAUGUUAAUGCAUAACGGAGGAUGUGAUGAUAGUCUGGGUUUGCUGAGCAUUAGCAGCAUGUCCUCUUGUGAAACCCAAAUCAUCCACCAUCCUCCAAUGUGCAACGCAUCCCUCAAUCCCCCCCAUACAUCCUCCAAUUCUAUAGAAGCAGCAGGGCCUUCUGUUAGCAUGGAUGUCCAUAGUGACAAAGAAGUGUCUUCUAUAGAGUCUACAUCUAUAGGAGUGUCACCUGUAGACUCUGUGGACAACAGCGCAGAAAACCAUGUCAGUCUAAGGAAGAAAGUGAAGAACAGGAUCUGUUCAUUCUUCAAGAGGGCAUGGAAGGCUAUAAAGCAUACUUCAUUCUCUUGUGAGACCAGAGUGGAGCCAUUUGUGCCUCCACCAGAAGACCCAGAGCCAGAUGGUGCAGAUUCAUCAUGUCCUGCAGAGCCCUCUUGUUUCAAACUAACUGAUGAAUCUGACAAGUUUGGCUAUGAAAUGGGAAUUGCUGCAUCAGGAGGCUUUAGCACAGUGAAUGAGGAAACCCCCUCAUCUAAUGGCAAAUGGACAGAAGAUGUUGAUUCCCUAGAUGAGUGCAGCCUUAGCAGCGACACAUCUGAAGAUGACUGUGGUGUGAUCAUUUGUGGCUCGUUCUCCAGAAGAAAACCGGCCCAUAGGCUGGGUGAAUGGAGCUUUAACAGUGGCAACAACCACUACAUAGUUAAAGGUGGACGUGACAGUAGCCUGGAUCUGUUAAGUAUUAGCAGUGACAUAUCCUCCACUGAGGAAAGAAGUGGUGCUUGGCAGAGUGGUCCUGAUAGAGAAACAUGUGCAUGUUCCGAUUGCAGGAACAUGUACGCAGCAGGGCCUUCAAUGAGCCUGGAGGCACAAAGUGACAAAGAUACGCCUCCUGUAGACACUGUGGAGAACAGCACAGAAAAACAUAACAGUUUGAAGAAGAUGAUGACGAAAGGGAUCUCUUCAUUCUUCAAGAAAACAUGGAAUGCCUUAAAGUGCCCCUCCCUCUGCUGCUGCUGCUGCUGCGAGGCCAGAGUUGAGCCAUUUGUGCCUCUACAAGAGGACACAGAGCCGGACUCAGAGCCAGCUGAUCCCAAACCACACUUUGUUGCAGAGUCCUCUGGUUUCAAGCCAACUGAUGAUUUUUGUCAGUUUGACUAGACAUGGUAAUUAUAGAAUCAGGAAGCUUUGGAUUUCUGUGAAACGAUUUCAACUGAUGGGGCCACUGUGAAGGCAGCAGAAACCUCAAGCCCACCACAUCAGGAUCAGAGAGCUCAGACCAGCCUUCGUCUGCCAGCCUGACCAAAUUAAUAAUAGUGAUAAUAAUAAUAACAAUUAGUUAAAAAUGGUUUUAAAAUACCAAUAACAUGAUUGGUAUACACUAUAUGCACAUGCACAAGUAGACUUGUGCCUGAAGUAGCAUAUACUUAGUUGUAUGGCCAAAGCAGUGGCAAGUUUCUAGCAGUAUUUAGCACUUAAUCUAAUUUUUUUUUUUAAAUGUUAAGGUAAAAUUUGUUUUAAAGGUAUAUUAUCUAUGUAAAUUUAUACAUUUG